CGGUCCUUCACCACAACUAUUGUGACAGUGGCAGCAGAGUCGGUGACAUUUGGACAGUGAUUACGGACAGUGAUUACCAGACAGAGAUUGUACAGCAGCGGUGUCAGGACAGCGGUGUCAGGACAGCGGUGUCAGGACAGCGGCGGCAGCAGUAGCUGCCGGACGGUGUGAGGGCGAGGGGCCAUGGCCCUUGCCCUCCGCCUCUUCCUCCUCCUCCUCCUGGCAGUGGCCCUGCACGCCAGGGCUGCCCAGGCUGCUCCGGUGCCAGCGCGGGGAGCAGAUGAGGACACUGGGAAUGUUUCUCCUUUACAUUGGCUGCGUGAAGUUUUGAAGCCAUUUAGGCCUCCUGCAGGGGUGUCCACAGGGAAGACUUUUCCAGGUCCUGUGCUGGUUCCUCCACACGAGCCCAACUCACAUGGCAGGGGCAAGAACCAACCUACAGGAGAGAAAAAGUCCUUUGAUUCAAAUGAAGUUCUGAAAGAAAUCAUGAAGGAACUGCAGAGAGGGCACAAUGCAGCCGGUGCCACAACACGUGCUCCAAAGAUCCAGGAGAGCACUGGAAGAGAUUUCUGUCAGGGAACACACUGUUUGAUUGUGAUAAUGGCAAGCAUGUUUGGUGGGCAGCUUGCCAUCAUGUUGAGCUGUGCUGGAAUCUGGUACUGGAGGGUGAGAAAACGGCUCCUCUCUGCUCCUGCUCCAGCCCAGCCCAACACCUCGGUUAGGAAGAAGCAGAUCUCUCAUCUCAGCUCUCACACCCUAUACCCAGCUAUGCUGCCACAGCUUCAGAACCUCCAGGUCCAGGAGCCACCCAAACGAGCCCCUCUGCCCCUGAGCCCCCUGGCCCUGCACUCCAACCAGGUCUGAAGUUGGGCCCCCCACCAGGGUAGGGGUUGGCCCACCUCUUAUGUACAAAUAAAGAGAGUUUGAGCCCUCA